GCAUCCGAUACAGUUUCAAGGGAGGUAACUCUUGGCGCGACGUUCAACGUUCAAAUUCCCAAAAACGUUACUUUCGGCGGGACGUCAUGCGUGUAAUUUUCCUUAAUAAACUUCUCCUUCCCAUUUGAAUGCCAUGACGUCAUUGUAACUUGAACAGGUUGCAGGAACCGCCAUUAAAAAUGGUAAACUCCGGGCACUUUCUUAGCCAUAAAGAGAAAGAGAGACGAGAAAAAGUGAAACAGUCGAAGCAGAAAACGUCAAAUAAUUGUCUAUCAGAGCAUGUUAUAAAACUAGCGAAAACAGAAACGGUCACAGUUGAUGAGGAGUCAUGGAAAAAAGGAAGAAGAAUGAUAGAUCUAUUUUAUGUAGCCAAACAGCUCUUUUGUCGACAAUGCAAGGAGGCACUUGCUCUGAUAAACAUUACAUCAGAAAAAAAUAUGGGGUAUGCAAGCCAUUUGUUUAUACAAUGUGAAUGCGGGCAAGUUAAUAAGAUUGAGACCAGUGAAACACAUGUACAUGGAAAACGUGGCCCACAGGUGUAUGAUGUAAACACAAAAGCAGCAUUAGCAAUGAUAGAUGUUGGCAUAGGUGUUCGUCAGCUUUCCAGACUUAUGACAAUAAUGGGUGUCCCUGGUAGUUCUGAAAGAACGAUGAAGAAGAGAGAACGCGAGCUGUUUAAACCAAUGGUAGAUGUAGCACGAGAUUCAUGUCAUGAAGCAAUUACAAAGGAAUGUUCAGAAACAAGAAUUGCAACUCCAGGAAAAGGCCACCGUUUCACAAAAGGUCGUAGAUCGUGA